UUGCCAAGUCUUCUCGUCGCGCUCGUCAACUUUCACGACGUUCCUUAUCAACCAUGGUUUCCUCGGCUGUCGCUCAGGCGACUGAGGCUUUCGUGGGAGGAGCGUUUGACGAAGAGAAGAGAUGUCUGGCCAUGUCAAGCUCCUCGACGUCGUCAGACACCUGGGCCCGGAGCUGACGUCAGACGACGAGGUGCGGAGAUCGAGGGCCGUCGUCCUCCUCGCGCUCGUCGUCCUUUGGUCCUGCAGCUCGCCAGAGCACUCUCCGGACAGGCAGGCGACGACGACGCUCGCAGGCUUCUUCAGCUCAAAGCUGCAGGAUGCCAACGUGGUGGCAGACAACAUCGCCAGAGAUCUCAACAGCAAAACAAAGCCUGUGCCGGGCUCGGCGCCCGAAAGCUGGCGGCCAAAGUACCCGAAGGGUACCGAGAUGCUCGUUGCAUCACUUCGGGCGCUUGACAGCCUGGCCAAGCUCGAUGACGGCAGCGGGAACACAGUCCGUUUCGGGAGCGAGGCAGCAAAGGCAGCCGCCCAGGCCGUGCUUGAGCAUUCCGACCCCAGAGCACACCCGCAGGCGAUUCGCUUCCUUGUAUUCACCCUCAUGGACUCGCUUCUCUCGCGCCAUCGCCGCGCGCUGAGGACCAUGGGCCGCGACUUUGUCAAGGGCUACAUCAGCCUCGUCGAGGGCGAAAAGGAUCCGCGAAACCUCGUCUACAUCUUUGCCAUGGACCGCGUCGUGAUGCUCGAUUGGGACGAUAUCAUGGACAGCGAGCUCACCGAGGCCUUCUUCGACACGACCUACUGCUACUUUCCCAUCACUUUCCGACCGCCGCCCGACGACCCGUAUGGCAUCAGCACCAACACGCUCCGCCUCUCUUUGCGCAAGGUCCUGAUCGCCAGCCCGCUGCUUGCUCCACACGCCAUGCCGCUGCUUCUGGAAAAGCUGCAAGCAAGCGGUGGUAAUGCUAAGCGCGAUACGCUCGACACGCUCAAGGAGGCACUUCCCGUCUUUGGCCGAGCUGCUGCCAAGGCGCACGAGUCGCCGCUCUGGGAGGCCUUCAAAAUUGAGAUCAUGCACGCCACUGACGAUGCCACGGCAAUCUGCUCUGCCCGAGCGCUGGAGUCGCUCUUGCAAGUCCUUUAUCACGAGGUGGACCCACCAGAAGGGCUGGCGCCCCGCAUGAUUGCCGAUAUGCUCGAUGAGCUCGAGGAGCCCAGCAAGGCGUUGGCCAAGCCUGCAGCCAGCGCCAUGGCUUCCAUGAUCCACGCUACACCCAGCACUGCCUUUCUCGCCACGUACGCUAGUCUGGAUCAGCUUUUGACCGCAUACAAGGAUCCCGACGAGGUCAGCACGCGCGGGCCCAUCCUGGAUCACGUCUCGACACUCCUCAAGGCCCUGCGCGACGUCUACGAGGGAGUCGAUGUGCUGCACUCGAGUGCUACGAGCGAGGCAGAUCGGCGCGACGAAGCCAGGCUCACUUUUGAGCGGCCAGAGACGAGCGCAAAGUCAGACAGCGACUUGGACCCGAGCAAGACCCCUGCUGAGUCGAGCACUGCGCCAAAGAGGAGAAGCUACGAAUCGGACAAACGACCGCUGGACUCCUUCAAGGACACGCUCUUGGCUACACUCUCCCACGGCCUCGUCAAUGCAUCGACGAGGUUGCAGUCCGUCGACUGCUUCGUCCACCUCACACACAUCCGCGGCUUUCUCAGCCAAGCAGAGACGCGUCACUUGUGCGAUGGCGUCAACAAGCUGCUGGUGGACGCCAAUGCCGACGACGUCCGCGGACAGGCUUUGGAGGCUCUUAGGGACCUUGGGGACAGGCAUGUGAUUGAAGAGAGCACGCUGCCCCUUCUCUUUGGAAGCUUGCCAGACACGUUGGUCAUGGAGGAGGGGCGCGACCCUCGACCCGCGGUCCGGAGGUCUCUGGGCGCUCUUGCUCGGCUGUGCACCCCUGCUGAUCUGUUUGACCUCCUCGUCGUUCGGCUCAGCACCAAGCUCGAUCUCGUCUGCGCAGCCGAGCUGAAGGACAAGGAGGCGCGGCAGGUGAAUGCGGGCUAUGCUCGUGGCCUCAUCAACACGCUCCUGGUCGUCUUGGAGGAGAAGGUCGAUCGGAAGGACAAGGACGUCGGGCGGUAUGGGUCACUCGCGACGAAUCUGAUUGGGAUUUGCGUGUCUGCGUCGCUGCGGUCAAAGGCAAAGUGGAGCGUCGCCGCGGACAGCCGGGUGAUGCGCGAUCUGGGGGCCCUCGUCACGUUGCUUGUGAGGAGCUUGGACGACAGUCGACAGCGGGAGAUGUCCUCGAUCCUCUUUGCGGCAAUUGUACAAAAGGAUCUGGGGCCCCUCGCUAAAGUUUCUGCCACUCUUUCCCGCUCAGCUUUGACAGAUUUCAAUCCCUUGGGCGAUGUCACUCAAGAUUCGAAGUCAAGGGCUCAGCGGAAUGCGGUUCAUACUUUCGCUGCGGCCAUUGUGGCCUUGCGAAAGCACGUCCCGGCGCCCAUGGAGGGGCAGGCCGCGACUUGGGUCGAGAGUCUGCUCGGGUGGACGAUGCAGUCACAGACGGCGCUGCAGGAGGAUGCGGGCCGAUCGCUGCUGGUCGACUGCGUCAACAAGCACGUUACGGAGCAGAAAGGCGAACUGAGCGGGCUCCUCGACCGCUUCUGGGGUGCGUACGUCGUCGGACCAGGAGCAAUGGCGCGGCAAAGAGCGACGCGGGUGUGGCUGAGCGUCGCCAAGUCGCUCGUUAUGCGAGGAAGCAAGCUGGGCGAAGAGAUGGUCAAUCGAGCUCUGUCAUUGCUUUCGAUAGACGUUGGCGGAGAGGAGCCAGAGAGGGUCGCAAAUGAAGCAGCGAGGGGCGUGGGUGAGGUGGGGAGCGACGACGUGGAUCUGUGCAAGGACAACGGCAGCGUGGUUCGAUUGCUGUACAAGCAGCGAUACCUCACUUUUCUUCUGCCCAAGAUCCUCGCCUCGUAUAGAGAUGGAGCUUCCGGGCAUUACUAUCUCGUGGUGCUCGCAUCCUUGCUGCCCUCGAUGCCGCGCCAGACGACGCUCGACAAGCUGCAAGAGCUUUUCCCACUCCUCAUUCUCGCGCUCGACGUCAAGGACGCCAGAGCUCGAUCGAGUGCGGCCAAGACGAUUGCGCUCGCUGCCGCUGUGGGACGGCGGCAAAAGGACGAGGCGGCCCUGAACCCCGUGGCAGCAGAGUCGUCGCUCGACUCGGCCUCGAGCGGCACCUCGUCGCCCCCAAUGUCAAACGGCUCAAUUGGGGCAAAGGGCAAGAAGAAUGCGCUGGACCUCGUCGACUCGAAUCUCAAGGCUAUUCUAGACCGACUGCUCUCGACUCUGGCGACGUCUUCCCUCGAGACAGACGAUGGCAACGAGGAAGAGGAAGAGAAAGUCCGAAUCGCCGCAUUGAAGUGUCUCGCAAUAUUUGCUCGUACCUUACCUUACUCGGCCCUGCAUCCUUACAAGACGGCGGUGCUCAAGACGCUCGGCACAAAGGUCCCAAUGUGCAACAGUGAUCUAGACAACAGGACGGAUCAGUGGUCGAUGAACUGUGACCGCGCCUUCUGCAUGGCCGAUUCGUCCGAAGUGCUCGAGUACGUGAAGCUCUCUGUGGUGAAGCUCUCAAUAUCGAGGCCGCUGAGAAGCUUCUUCUUCACAUCGGCUCUCUUGCCGCCACCAUUGCUACUUAAGGCGCCGCCGCCGCUGCUGCUGUUGCUAACAUUGUGUCCUUGUCCGCGGCCGUGCGAGGCCGGCGCAGUCCUUGGCCAGUGCAUCAAGCCGUUUUUCGUUUCGGCGACGGCGAAGCUCCUGCAGGCGAACUUGACGAUUGAGCGUCACGAGGAUUCGGAAAGCUGCGGACGCGGAGGCGGUAGAGGUUGGGGUGCCAAGGCGUACACCGGCGUUGGGGCCUCGGGCGAUGGAGGGCGCGCAGGAGAACUGGGCUUCGUGGUGCAUGACGAGGACGUCGACAGCGUCCAAUUGUCGAUGACGAACGGCGAAAAGUCCGGGAGGCUGGGAAGACGAGGGUGGCAGGCGGAGCAGCGGCUAGAGCAAGAGCCAGAACACGUAUCGCUGUUCGACGUUCUUGAGGAGGCCGAGGAACUGACACUCUCGCUGUCGCUCUCACUGUCUGCCGUCGAACCACUGUCGCUGUCCGACGAGGAGUCGUCAUGCGAGCUGCAAGAGUCGCUAUCGCAGCUCCUCGGCACUGGCGGCAGCGGCGCUCGCGGUGGAGGUCCCGAGGGUGCUGUGAAGCGCAACGGAACAGCCAACGACCUGGGCGUGCACUUCGGCGUCGGCUUCUUCCUCUCCAGUAGCUUCGUCGGCGUUGGCGGUGACGCAUGCGAAGCCUUCUUUGCGAGCGGCCUGAUGACAAUUUUCUCGUAA